CGUAGGCGCGCAUACACACACACACGCACACACGCACACACACACACGACAACUGUAAACAUUAGACCGACCAUUCAUCAACUUCAUUUUAGCACAGACUGAGGCGCGCCUGAGUACAAGCUGCCCAAAGCAGCAAAUGACUCACUUUUGGAUAUCCGAUCCAAACCCGGAAGAUGACUUUGAGUGUGGACGACAAGCACGCGUCCAGCUGUGCACGUGCACGAGAUGCCCACGGCGCCACGUCACUUCACGGCGAAGCCAACUAGCAGGAAAGAGAGCAAGAAAGUAAGACAGCAAGCAAGCAAGCAAGCAAAAAAGAGUGGCGCCCAGAGCUUCAGGCCACUUUUAAUACAGCGAGGGACUAUAACCUUGAUUUAAAUAUUAUCCAGGUGACCACAGUAAGUCAAGGUCAUAAAAAUCUAAUGUCAGCCUCUCCCCGGAAAGCGUUGGGGGUGGAUUUUAUGAUCUGCAAAUAUAAUGUGGCGCAGCCGUAAAGAUGCGCUUUAAAAGGUGUGUGCGCGAGCGAAGGAGGAGUAAGAGGAGGACGAAGCCGCACACGCAAGGCGGCUGCAAAGUGCACAAAGCCUGUUUGGAGCCUGCCGCCCUGCACGGGAAAGAAAGAUGGAAAAAUAAGGAAGAUGGAGGAGACGCGCCACGCGCACGGACAGACAGACAGUGCGAUGGAAGCGCCUCCAUUCAUUCCUCCAGACGUUCAUCCCUCCUCCAAGCAUCCAUCAAGGAGAGCACGUGGAUGGGAGCAAGUGAAGUACAAAGCCGGCGAAUCUCUGGACCCGACCUAUUACGACUGCCGGUUCCCACAGAGCGUCGCCCGCAGCCACACGCUGGUCUACGGACCCGGGGCGGCCGCGCCGGGCUUCCAGCACCCGCCCCACCAUGUGCAGGACUUUUUCCACCACGGCCCCGCGGGCAUUUCCAACCCGGGCUACCAGCAGAACCCGUGCGCACUGGCGUGCCACAGCGACGCGGGCAAAUUCUACGGAUACGAAGCCCUGCCGAGGCAAACGCUGUACGGCAGCCAGCAGGAGGCGAGCCUGGCGCAGUACCCGGACUGUAAAUCGUCGGCAGGCUCCAACCCCGGGGAAGGACAAGGCCACUUGAAUCAAAGCUCCUCGCCCAGCCUCAUGUUCCCCUGGAUGCGACCCCACGCGCCAGGACGACGCAACGGCAGGCAAACGUACAGCCGCUACCAGACUCUGGAACUGGAGAAGGAGUUUCUCUUCAACCCUUACCUGACCCGAAAGAGAAGAAUCGAGGUGUCGCACGCCCUGAGCCUGACCGAGCGACAGGUGAAAAUCUGGUUCCAGAACCGCCGCAUGAAGUGGAAAAAGGAGAACAACAAGGACAAGUUUCCGGGUCAGAGGGGGGAGGCUGAGGCUGAAGCUGAGGAGGAGGGCAACGAGGACGGUGAAGGCGAAGAGGGCGAAGACAAGGAAGCGGAAGAGCGAGAGGAGAGCAAGGAGUGAUUUUAUGGUCCUUUUUAUGGUUAUAGGGCUGAAAAAGAGAAGGGAGAAGAAAAAAAAAGGAGAGCGAGGUCUCAUAAACGGAGCAGGA